AAGCCUCCCCAGUGUAGGGCAUCUCAAGACCUUGUAGUAACAGAACUUCAGAUCCUCCAAGGCUCCUCAGAUCAGACUAUAUCUUCAACUUUUCUGCUUUUGAUACUGAAUCAGUACACUUUCAUCACUUUGAACAAAUUAUCAACAUGUCUCGACACAGCUACACAUACUCUACGGCUACCAACGCCAGACAUAUGACAACCCACGGCACCAGCAGUGCUUUCAGCAGCUCUGCCAAUCCAGAUGAAGAUUGGACAAAGAUCUCUGAUCUUGCUGAGCGCAGAAGAAUUCAGAAUCGUAUUGCUCAAAGAAACUACCGCAAGAAGCUCAAGAGACGUCUUGAAGAUCUCGAGCGCAGAGCCGGUUCAUCUUCAGCUUCUCCACCUCAAGCGCAUGCGGAGCUUCACCAACAGCCAGAACGCAUAAACGAGAAUCAACAAUACAGAAGAAGCCCAGAACAUGUGCAACGACAAGUCUCCCCAAGACUUUUGCCUAGCCAGUACACACCUCCAAUGAACAGCGAUGACGAGAUCAUAUUUUCUCAAAACUUUGAUCGUGAUGAAUCUAGAACGCCACCUCUAUUCACAUAUCAUACAUACCCUGCGCCAGAGGAUAUUUCCUACCCACCAUACCCACAUUCGCAGCCAUACCGCGCAGUUUCCGACAGUGAACGAUCAGAGGCAUACCAGCAUUACAUGGCACCAGUACCAGUUACCUUACCUUCCAUGAUGCAUUUCAACGAUGCAAUCAAGCGGGAACCUGAAGACACCAUGAGCCCAUACAAUAUGACCUACCAAGGCUUGCCAGCGAUCGAUAUUCAUUCUCAUCACGGUUAUGAUAAUCCUCAUGUAAGGCACCCUCAAGCUGCAAAGCCACUUGGACUGGGUCCUAACAGAUAUAUGCAGACGCCACCUUUGUCACACUCUUACGAGCAUUCUACCACAUGCUCCGAGUCCGGAUAUCAAUAUCCUACUACUCCUCUUUCUAUGCCUCCCUCGCCCCGCAUGAUGACGCAUAUAUGAGAGAGGGUAUCAAAAUAACAUUUCAGGAUAUUUGGUUCUUUUGCUUGGGAUAUGUGAAACAGAGUUCGAAGUGCUCGACACUCGCUUUAGAUGGAUUGGGCAUUGCUUGGAAAUGACGGAAGAUUGGGAGGGACAAUCAAUGGGAGUCAGGAGCGUACGGAGUUUGAUUUACUGCUGGUAGAAAUGAAGGAACGAUCCUAAUGUAAAUACCCAGUACGAUUAGUGUUUUUCUCUUUCAUUCUUUUGUAUAGCAAAAUCUGAAACGACUUCUCUACACAA